AUGAAGCCCCUAUCAAUUGCUUCGGCUCUUCUAGCGGCUGUCUCGGGCGCGAUUGCUGUGGCUACGUCCAAGGAUUCUCAUCCAUCACUGUUCAGCCCUCCUCAAGUUUUCAAGAAUGCCAAUUUGGUCCACAUUCUUUCCCUGGAGAAGAGCUACGUCAAGGAACAAAUAAACGUCCUCGUGGAAAAUGUCUCCAACGAACCCCAGGACGAAUAUUACUUCCCGUUCACCAAUGGGCAGAUAGCUCAUGCCGGUGGAUUCGAGGCGAGGGAUCGCAAGGAUUCCAGCGGUCGGCCUUUUGAUUCGGAACCGGUCGAGUACGACCCAACGAGUGAUGUCCAAUACUAUCGGAUUCGUCUCCCUGUGCCUCUCAAAGCUGGCGGCCAACAAACUCUUGGCAUCUCAUUCUAUUACUUGAAAGCAUACCACCCUGUCCCUGCCGCCAUCAAACAAGACGAGAAGCAAUUUCUCGCGUACGACUUUUCCAUCUAUGCCCCAUCAGCAUAUCCCACCACGAAGCAGAAGACCGAAGUCAAGACUGCCUCAUCAUCGAUUCCCGACUACUCCAAGAUUACCGAAGGCAACGAGGAAAUGCCUCAGAAGCAGGGCGCCAAGCUCACAUACGGUCCCUUUGGAGAAAAGCCCGCUGGAGCAGUAUCGCCGGCCCGGAUUCGAUUCGAGUUUACCAAGCCUGUUGCCCACGUGUCAACCCUGGAACGCGACAUCGAGGUCAGCCAUUGGGGCGGCAACAUUGCGUUCGAAGAGCGAUAUGCUUUGCACCAUCUCGGCGCCAAUCUGUCGACCCCUUUCAACCGUGUCAAGUUCGCCCAGUCUGCCUUUUACAGUCCGGUCUCGGUUGCGUUGAAGGAGCUUCGCGUGCCCCUCCAGGCUGGUAGCGUCAACCCUUACUUCACCGAUGUCAUUGGGAAUGUCUCCACCUCCAAGUUUAGAAGCAACAAGCGCGAGGCCCUCCUUGAGUUGAAGCCUCGGUAUCCCAUUUUCGGUGGGUGGAAGUACCCUUUCACCAUUGGCUGGAACUCGGAUGCGGCCAACCUCCUCCGCAAAACCCCCACUGGAGGUCAUGUUCUCAGAGUGCCUUUCCUCGAAGGCCCCAGACAGCAGGAAGGUGUCGAGUACGAAAAGGUUAUCAUUCGAGUUCUUCUGCCAGAGGGCGCUCGUGAUGUGAAAGUGUACACGGGAGUACCGGAAUCGUCCAUUACCGAGACCGAAAUAAGCGUGCACAAAACAUACUUGGACACAUUAGGCCGCACGUCCGUCACUAUCAAGGCGCAGAACUUGGUUGACGAAUUCCGGGACCGAGACGUGAUCAUUUCAUACGAGACAUCACUGAUGGAUACGCUGCGGAAACCCAUAGUAGUGUUUGGCAGUGUGAUGGCCGUGUUUGUGGCAGCCUGGGCAGCUGGCCAGGUGCAAGUUGGAUUCUCCAAGAAUUAA